AUGGUCAGCAAGUAUUACAUCGGAUUGACAUGUGCCAUCAUUCCCCGGCCAACACGAAAUAACAACGCGCGCUUCUUCAGUCUUCAAGACACCAUGGACAUCGACAAGUUAUUCAAAGUCCCCAAACUGCCGACGUCUGGAAAGCGUAAACUCCCGGACAAUCCGUCUAUGGAUAUGCUCAAGCGAAUGCGUAUGGACGAAACCUCGGGCAGCUCCGUCUCAUCUACGACUACGAACUCUAGCCUACCCAAUGGAGACGAAACCAAAAAGCUGCGCCCUAGAGUCGAAGAAGUUCGGGACGAAGACGAUCGCAUGGAAGGUGUCGGCGAGGAUGAAGGAUUUGCUCCAGGGAACGACGCAGAUUACUUUGUUGAAGAGGAUGACGAGGGACGCUUCUUUGGGGGUGGGCUGACAUCGGAGCAGAAAGAGAUCCUCAAUAUCUUUGAUCACGCUGGGGGGGAGGGGGCACAAGACGAUCCGGAUGCACUAAGCAUCACCAGUGUACGGCGGAUGCUGCUACGUUUCGAACGUGCCGUCAAUAAAAAUCAAGAUCACCGGUCAAAAUAUCCCAACGACCCAACAAAAUUCAUCGACUCAGAGGCUGACCUGGAUGCCGCCAUCAAAUCCCUUUUACCUCUCGCGCAAUCCCCGGCGCUAGCAUAUCCUGAACUGGUCCGCGCAGGCGCAGUCACACUGCUUAUUGGCUUGCUUUCUCACGAGAAUGCGGAUAUAGUCAUCGACGUCGUCGAAGUCAUACAUGAACUGACUGACGAAGACGUCGGGAACGAGGAUGCCGACGAAGAUGAAGCCGGCGAGCAAAGGACAGCCGAGGAGGCACUCAAGCUACUGAUUGAAGCUCUUUUGGAAAACUCAAUAUUGGAGCUAUUGGUAGACAACCUCGUCAGGCUCAAUGAGAAGGAGGAUUCAGAUCGGCAAGGUGUAUUCCACGUUCUGGGUAUAUUUGAGAACAUCCUCGGUUUCAACCCCGACUUAGCUACCCGGCUCGUCUCGAAGACGACCAUGCUUACAUGGCUUCUCACCCGUGUUCAAGACAAAGCUCACGACGAAAACCGUGGUUAUGCUGCCGAACUUUUAUCCAUCCUGCUACAGAACAACAAGCCGAAUCGAAUCGAGUUCGGAAAAAAGGAUGGUGUCGAAGUUUGUUUGAAAGUUCUAUCGCAGUUUCGUCGACGGGACCCAGUGGAUGCUGACGAGACCGAAUUCAUGGAGAAUGUUUUCGAUGCUUUGUGCUCUGCUCUGGGUGAAGAGAGUAUCAAGAAACAGUUUCUUACUGCGGAGGGCCCAGAUUUGAUGGUUCUCAUCAUGCAGGAAAAACGCCAAUCCAGAUCGAGGUCUAUCAAGACACUGGACUAUGCAAUGUCUGGAACAGCGGGGACUGACAUCUGCGAUGCCUUUGUUGAGGCGCAAGGAUUAAAAACUAUCUUCUCAGCUCUCAUGGGCCAGAUGAAGAAGCAGAAAUCUGGUGCGGCCCCUGCUUCUGAAGACGUGUCACACUCGCUUGGCAUUCUUUCCUCACUCUUCUCCAAUCUUCCCUCCGACUCGACUGCGCGAAUCCGACUGUUAGCCAAAUUUGUGGAGAAGAACUAUGAAAAGGUUGAUAAGCUGUUGGAGAUCCGAGAUGGUGCAACCGGACGUUUGAAAGUGGUGGAGAAGGAGAUCGCAGCUGAGAGGGAUGAAUUACUCGCAGACGGCGAGGAAAUUGGUGCCGACGAGGAGGAUACUUGGUACCUUCGCAAGCUGGAUGGCGGUUUGUUUACUCUCCAAACUGUGGAUUACAUUCUGGCAUGGAUUGCGAUGGAGGAUGAUGGAGUCCGCGGUCAUCUGCUGCAAAUGCUGGAUCGAAAGAACCUGGCCAUGAAGGACAUCAUACAGACCCUCAAAACGUUCUAUGAUAAUGUAGACGCAGAGGAGACAUCGGACAGCGAAGACCGAGCUCCCACCCAAAAGGAGAUUCUCGCAGCGCUUAUAACAUCAUUGGAGCCGUCUGAAUGA